UUUGUUCUUGGGCCUAGGCCGCCUUGUAGAUAGAGUAUAGACCUACCUACCUGCCCGGCACAUUUCUUCUAACUGUCCUUUUAGCUCAACUUUCAUCAUGGUGGCAGGGACUUUGUAUACCUAUCCCGACAAUUUCCGAGCCCAGAAGGCUUUGAUCGCCGCCAAAUACAGUGGGGCCAGCCUGACUGUGCCCGCCGACUUCGUGUUCGGGGAAUCUAACAAAACCGCCGAGUUCACCAAGAAAUUCCCCCUCGGAAAGAACAAGGUUGCUGCGGAUAGAGCAAAGGAGGAUAUUAAGGCAGCCAUGACUGCUCUAAACUCUCACCUUCUCACCAGAACCUUCUUGGUUGGAGAGCGGUUAACCGUUGCCGAUAUUUCUGUAGCUUGCACCAUGCUCAAUCUAUACAAACUGGUUCUAGAUCCUGCCUUCAGAAAACCCUUUGUGAAUGUUACCCGUUGGUUCAACACUGUAGUAAACCAGCCUCAUGCCAAGUCCGUGCUCGGCCCUGUUGUCCUCUGCACCAAAAUGGCGGAAUUUGACGCCAAGAAGUACGCCGAGUUCUCAGGAAAGGGAAAGAAGGACGAUGGUAAGAAGAAGGAAGUAAAGAAGGAAGAGAAGAAACCAGAGAAGAAAAAGGAAGUUGAGGCAGACCCCGCAGGAGAUGAUGGUCUAUCAAUGCCCGCCAAGAAGCAGGAUCCUCUUGACGCACUCCCCGCUGGAUCAUUCAACAUGGAUGAGUGGAAGAGGUUCUAUUCCAACAAUGACGAGGACCAAAGCAUCAAAUGGUUUUGGGAGAAUUUUGAUCCUGCACACUACUCUAUCUGGAAGUGUGAUUACAAGUACAAUGAUGAACUGAAAAUGGUAUUCAUGUCUAGCAAUCUUAUCGGAGCAAAAAUUUACAUAAAGAAUUUUUUUCAACAAUUUGUUUCAGGUGUUUUUGUCUGGAGAGGACAGGAUCUAGCUUUCGAAUUAUCCGAGGAUUGGCAGAUUGACUACUCAAGCUACUCCUGGAAGAAGUUGGACCCUGCUAGUGAUGAAACUAAGAAGCUUGUGACCCAAUACUGGAAGUGGGAGGGAGAAGAUGAACAGGGCAGGAAGUUUAACCAGGGCAAGAUCCUCAAGUAAAUGUGCGAGAUGUUAUCUACGCUGUGCUUCAGCGUAACUAUGGAAUGCCUCAACCAUCUAUGGGUUUUCUAAGUCCUUAAUCCUGUGUUCUUCGCCAUCUGGUGAAUUAAAUAAAUAAAUAGAACAGAUUUAUGA